AUGUUUCGAACGAUCUUUCUCAGAACGACGACGAAACUUGGGACGAGCCAUCAUACCAUCCCCAGGUCUUAUUCCGCUGCAAGCUGUUGCUCGACAGGCCACCAGGAUAUCAGGCUUACGAAGGGUAUCAACCACAGCCGCACACCGAUUAACCCAACUGACCAGUCCACACAGAACCAUAUCGUAUACUCCAACUCAAUGACGGAAGACAAAUCAGAUCAAUCGACUCAUGAGAUCAUCAACCCUACCCGUUCAUUCUACCAGCGCCAAUUACCAGAGAGUUGUCUGUCGUUUACAUCCGAUCGAGGGAAAGCUCUCUUUCGUUCAGCUCUCGCCGAUGGCCAUCUCGAAUCAUUCUUUCCACUGGCUUCCCAACUAGUCACUCAGCAUGAACCUUCGUUUUGCGGCUUGGCUACGCUCUGUACGGUUCUGAAUGCACUAGGCGUGGAUCCCAAGAGGGUUUGGAAACACCCUUGGAGGUGGUUCGAGCAAGACAUGCUAGACUGCUGUCGCCCGCUCGAGUCUAUACGCAAGAACGGAAUCACCCUCGCCGAGUUUAACUGCCUGGCUCGUUGUAAUGGUCUCGCCAAAGCCAACUGUCUCACCUGUAACCCUAACCCGCCUUCGAUCACUAGAAUCAAUCUUAACAAAUCCUCGUGGGCUAUCCUCUCGCGUGAACUCAGCCCAAUCCUCGAAUCUGUGAAGGCCGAGCCACUUUCGGUUGGCAUCCAAAAAAUCUAUGCUUAUAUCUCCACUAGCCUUGCUCAGAUUCCCAAUCCUAUCGAGAUUCGCCCUGGUGUUGAGUCUGAAGCUGAAAGUCUGUUCGGUCAGAUCUCAUCUUCUGCACAUCUUUUAGAUGAUGGCAAUCAUCCGGAAAAGCUCCCUCCGCUCUUAAUCGUCUUUGCUUUGGCUGUCUUGCCAUCCCACCCACUUCCCCUUGAUCUCAAGUUCCUCGAACCCGAGUUGGCCUAUCUGAGGUCACAGCUGCACGCGCUUGGGGAAUGCUGUUCCCUGGAAAACGACCACGAGCAUCCUCAGGAGCACCGCUGUGAAUGCAAAACAUCUUGA